GCAACAUCAUCGUCAGCCACAACAGCAGCAUCAGCACCAUCAUCAUACUACCCACAGGCAACGUCAGGAACCCAGCCCACCGUCGGUGGGACUGUCCCCCUUCGUUCUACCAGUAUCGAUGACGCAAACUCCCAGUAUGCGUCUGCUGGAAAAUAACAACUUGGUCGAAGUUGCCAUGGCCCAGCAGCAACAACAACAGUCUCAGCAGGCGACACAGAAACAGAAGCAGACAAGUCCCACAAAUAAUAACACCAUAGAAGCUUGGAGAUCGAUUCAAGGCGGGCAUCAGUGGUGGAGUCCGCCCAGUAGUAUUCAACAGGAACAGCAGCAGCAACAGCAAGUACCGUCGAUCGCACAGGUUUCUCAACCGCAAAGUCUGGUGGCCGGAUCGGUAUGUGGUCAGGUGCAGAAGCAUCAGCCGCAAGUGCAAUCGGAAAUCGAUCAGCCGCUCGACUUCUCUGUUGGCUCUUUGCAGCAGCAGAGGCUGCAUUCGCGCGUGAGGACUAUGCACGAGAGACUUCAGGGUAGGAUGCAUGACAACAACAACGGAACGAGCGGUCAGAAAAUCACCAGGGGAGACGUUAGCAGGCGAAGCUAUAGUCCCAGUGAAGCUAGUACUAGCAGCAGCGAAGACGAGGGUGUCUCUACCGGCGGCAGUCCUACGGGACCUCUUCGAGGUGCUUCGGAUUCGUGCGAACCCGUUGCGGAGCGACCUUACGGUAAAGUCUGGAUAGGUGACAAUGAUGUCUCGUGGCGAACAGACCAGUCUUUCAAGAGGACAUCACCUUUAAAUCCCUGUGCCACAACGACUACCCCGACGACGACAAGCGGUGGGCCACUGACACAUCCCCACCUGUCGCCACCCGUAGCUGCCCCUGUUACCACCCCCGAUCACAGAAGCCCCAGUAGCAUGCAUGCGAAGCUUGGCAUCUCACCCGGUAGCGACGCACUCGGUCGAAUCGAUAAGGAGCCAACCUCGCCGGAAUCCAUACAAGAUUUGCAUGGGGAUGUCGAUGGUCCUGAACUUAGCGGAGAUGACAGGAGUAUCGCAAGUGACAUCCAAGAUGCUACUGAGGCGCAUCUUGAUAAUGACUCCAUGGACUCGGACAGGGAAGCUCUCAAUCUGGUCACGGAUGUCUCGCAACGCAACAGUAGCAGCGGUACUAGUGGCAGUGCGUCCUCACCGAGUUCCGGAAUCAGCAGCCAGCUCACCGGCAGUCACCAACAGCAGCACACGUCCGGCCAACAAAACAAUAGCAAUUCUGCUCUGGCGACCGCUCAAUUGCUCAGCCAGCAAUUGCUGAUGCAUGGUGCAUUAGGGACCCAGGAUCUCCAAGCGCUCGCUUCGACGUUGCAACAUCAUCAACUACAGUCGCUACAACAACAACUACAGCAAUUCGCCAUGUUUCAGGCCAAUCCAGCUGCGGGACAGCUUCCACCGUUCUUCUUGCAAAAUCAGGGGCUGUUGCAGAGCGGUGGCUACCCAACAAGACCGAGUCAUCCGCGCUCACAGUCCAUGCAGGUGCAAGCGGCAGCGCAGUUGCUACAGAAGCAGCAAGUUCUUCAAAAUAGCGGCAAUUUAGUCGGGCGAAGUUUGGCGCAAAGAUCAUCGCCACCACCGAGCACACCGCCAGCAAUAAAACCGACGAGAUUAGAACCUUCGCCGGAGGAAACAACGGACCUCGAAGAGUUAGAACAAUUCGCCAAAACCUUCAAACAAAGACGGAUCAAGCUUGGUUUUACUCAAGGAGACGUCGGACUCGCCAUGGGCAAACUUUACGGCAACGAUUUUUCCCAAACUACGAUCUCCAGGUUUGAAGCACUGAAUCUUUCCUUCAAAAAUAUGUGCAAGCUGAAACCACUGUUACAAAAGUGGUUAGAGGAUGCCGAUAAUUCAUUGAACAAUCCUAACUCUCUGUCGAAUCCACUUACGACACCGGAAGCAAUUGGCAGACGGCGGAAGAAGAGAACGUCGAUAGAGACCAGCGUAAGAGUGGCUCUCGAAAAGUCUUUUAUCCAAAACCCAAAGCCCACGUCCGAGGAGAUAACCAUACUGGCGGAUAGUCUUGCGAUGGAGAAAGAAGUAGUUCGUGUGUGGUUUUGUAAUAGGAGGCAGAAGGAAAAGAGGAUCAAUCCGCCAACAGCUGCAAUGGGCAGUCCAACAAUGACGUCGCCUGCACCUUCGGUAUAUUCCCUCGCCAAUUCUAUCUCUGGCAGUCCUUUAGCGCUUACAACGCAUUCCUCCAGCUCUGGCCACUCGCAUCCUCAUCCAACACCCAUACCUCUCGCUUUAGUGACUUCGUCAGGCGGCAAUUAUCAUCCGCUGAACAACAAGUCCCACGAGUGACACCAGCAAGUGACCCAUCAAGGGAACACUCUCUACCAUCAACAUCAUCAGCAAUCACACCAACAGCAACAACAUCAUCAUCAGCAACAAGCACGACGCUUGUGCAAUCUACCAGAAUUCUAUCAUUAGCCAUGAUUUGAUUUCUCGAAGCUAUUAAUCGAGCUAAUAUCACUGAUGAGACUAUCAAAUGAAAUUCAAUAAUAGCAUCAAGAAAUAAAAAAUUCAUGAAGAAAUCACAAAGGAACCCAAAGAAAGAUGUAAUCAAUUUUAUAGACAAUUAAUUGAGGAGUGAUUGAACGAGAGGAUGUAAAUUAAAUGAAAUAUAAAUAAGAGAAAUCUAAAUCCAUGUUGAUGAUUAAAUCCCGCAGUUGUAAGCAUUUAAAGGGUAUACGAAGACACGCUGCGUAUUAUAUACAGUAUGAAUAUUAAUAUGCAUUUUUAAGUAUACGGAAAAUUAAUAACUAAUUCGGUUGAAUGUAUUAGUGUGCACUAGUUCACAUUAAAGACUAUUGUAAAAAAAAUUGAUAAACACGUAAACAUAGUAUACAUAAACAGUUAA